AUGUUAUUAUUGAUUAUAUUUGUCGAUGCACUCAUAUAUCCCACUGAUAGUUUAAAAAUAGUUCCACCUGCUACUAUUAUCCAGUCUCAGACGCCUGCUGGCAUCUCAAUAAAACACACUCCGAAAAAUAAUGAACAAUCAGUUGCUAUCGAAGGACAAUUUAUAAUAAAUGAAAGCAAUUCAGAUGAUUUAUUUCGAUCGCAUGAUUUUAUAAAAGAAGAUAUUGUUCAAUUUAACGAAGGUGACACUGAGAAUAUAAAAAAUGAUGAAAAAAUUAGACGUUCACGUAAUACGAUAAAUCCACGUUUACCACCUAUUCAAAUAAUCGAAGGUCAUUUUAUUCAUUAUGGAAAUGAUUCUGAUGAACACUUAUUUGAUGAAGAAGAUUUUCAAAAAAUAGAAUUAUAA